GGGCACAGACACGAUUCUUGACUGUUUUGAGGUUUAUGAGUAUUCCCUCUCGUUGUUCUGGAUGGUACUUUCCCCGUCUUCUGUGGUUUCCUCAUACUUGCAGGUUAAUAGUACUUGGUUGUGUACCUGAAGGUGACCUUUUACAGAACAGGCGUUCUCUGUGUGCAUCAUUCCUCUUCUGUACUCUGCCUUAGGAAAUCUAGCCAUUUGGUCUCUGUGGACUCCUGGCUCCAUUGUAGGGAGACCACCGGCUGCCCCUCGAUUUAUCUUCCCGGUGCAUGGUGUGGACUUUCCCCAGGCAGGAAGUGCUUUCUCUUCCGUCUCUUCGUUCCCAGUCUCUUCAGGAAUAUUGUCUUAUAUAGUUUGUUUGGUUUUUACGGUUUUUUUAAGUCCAUAGGGUAAACUCAGUGUCUGUUCCUUCGUGUUGGCUAGAAACGUGGAACUCAGUAUAAUAUUUUAGUAGAAAAGGGGCACGAAAAGAAAAUUACUUUUGAAACUUCUAUUUCUUUUUACCGAAACCCUAAGUUUUCGUAGGCUCCUUGGAGAGAAUAGUUAUGUUGAAUUUUCUCCGAACAUUUGUUUUCAUGUAAUACUCAGAGCUCCCGGCCCAGCACAGGGGAGGUGGCGGGGCUGCCGGUGUCACUGCUGCUCUGCUGCCCUGUUUCAGUUCCAGGCCUGCUUCUGCUGACCUGGUGGGUGCAGCAGGCCCAGCCACCAGGUCCGUCCUCCCCGUCCUCUAAAGGCUGACUUUGUUUGCAGAGGACAUCUCCUAUGGUCCUCGAUGGGCUUCCUGGAAUAUUGGUGUGUUUAUUUGCAUCAGAUGUGCUGGCAUCCAUAGGAAUCUUGGGGUUCAUAUAUCCAGGGUCAAGUCAGUCAACCUAGACCAAUGGACACCGGAACAGAUCCAGUGCAUGCAAGAUAUGGGAAAUACUAAAGCAAGACUACUAUAUGAAGCCAAUCUUCCAGAGAACUUUCGAAGACCACAGACAGAUCAAGCAGUGGAAUUUUUCAUCAGAGAUAAAUAUGAAAAGAAGAAAUACUACGAUAAAAAUGCUAUCGCUAUUACAAAUAUUUCCUCCUCUGAUGCUCCUCUUCAGCCUUUGGUAUCCUCUCCUUCUCUACAAACUGCUGUUGAGAAGAACAAAUUGGAGAAAGAAAAAGAAAAAAAAAAGGAAGAGAAAAAGAGAGAAAAGGAGCCAGAAAAGCCUGCAAAACCUCUUACAACUGAAAAGCUGCAGAAGAAAGAAGAUCAGCAAUUGGAGCCUAAAAAAAGUACCAGCCCUAAAAACGCUGCAGAGCUCACUGUUGACCUUUUAGGACUCGACGGCCCUGCCGAGGUGCCAGUGACUAAUGGGAACACAGCCACGGGACAGGCCUUGAACGAUGAUCUGGACAUCUUUGGACCGAUGAUUUCUAAUCCCUUACCCGCGACUGUCCUGCCGCCAGCUCAGGGGACGUCCUCUGUACCAGCAGUUGCCGCUCUGUCUACAGUGACAUCUGGGGAUCUGGAUCUAUUCACUGAGCAAGCUACUAAGUCAGAAGAGGUGGCCAAGAAACAGCUCUCCAAAGACUCCAUCUUAUCUCUGUAUGGCACAGGGACCAUCCAGCAGCAGAGUGCUCCUGGUGUGUUUAUGGGACCCACAAAUAUACCGUUUCCCUCACAAGCACCGGCUGCAUUUCAAGGCUUCCCGUCCAUGGGCGGGCCUGUGCCUGCAGCUCCUGGCCUUGCGGGAAGCGUGAUGGGGCCGAGCGCGGGCGUGAUGGUGGGCGUGCCCCUGCCCAACGGCUUCAUGGGAAACGCACAGACUGGGGUGAUGCCACUUCCGCAGAGUGUGGUCGGCCCCCCAGGAGGGAUGGUGGGACACGUGGGUGCAGCCCAGAGUAAGUUUGGCCUGCCGCCAGCUCAGCAGCCCCCAUGGAACUUCUCCCAGGUGAACCAGCAGAUGGCUGGCCUGAGCCUGGGUGGCGCAAGCUCCGCGGCGGGCUUCAGCCAGCCCCCCAGCACCACCGCGGGGGCCGCGGGGUGGUCGGGGGCCUCGUCAGGUCAGACGCUCAGCACGCAGCUGUGGAAGUGACCCUGCAGCACGGCGCACGGCGCUCCCCCCCCCCCCCGACAUUCCUGCGGAGAUGCAGCCGGGUUCCCCUGUUCAUUCGUGUACAUAAUAUUUUUUUCUUUUUUUCCCCAUUUGUUCAUAUUAAGAAUUAUCUGAUUGACCGUGUUGGUCUGUACUGAUGGAUUAAAUUUGCUGUGGUGAAAAGCAGGUUGAGAAACCAUUUCAUGUCGAGGGCAGCUUUUGCUCACAUUUCCCAGGAUUUCAUAGACACAGUAUCUGGGAAGCUGCUCAGUCAACGUGCAUAAUCAGUUUCCCUCUCGAUGAAAUUAUAGCUCUCAUGUUUGUUUGUUUGCAUAUAAGGGAAGUAGCUAUCAUGUUUGUUAGUAAUACCUCUAACAGUAUGAACCCCACCCCCAGAUUAGCCAGUAAUCCUGUAGGAAGGUACUGUAUGAUCAAAUGUUUAAUCAUAUAAAUAGAAUGUCAUUGUAUCACUGAGCACUGUUUUCUAGUGUAUCCAGAUUCUUUUAUGUCAUCAUUCACGUCACUGUGCUGUUGCUAUGAUGUGCUUAACCGGGAACGUGGUUAGAGAAAGGAAGAUAAGCCUGGAUGUUACUACCAAAUUAGUUGUUUAACGAAUGUUUGAAGAAGUCAGAUUUUACCUGCCUCCCUUGUAAUUGGGAUCUCUUCCUAUGUACACAUAGUGCUAACAAACACGAGACCUUUCUCCGCACUAGAUGCAAACAGGGUAACUAAACAAGCCACUUCAACCCUUGAAGGCGUAUCCAGGUUUAUGACAGUAAUUGUGUUUACAUUUUAUGGUGCCUAGUACUGACAGAUGUCAUAUCCCUGUAUUAAACAGAUGAAUCCAUA